CUUUUGUCCUACUCGGUCUUCCGUAAAUCCCUUCUAUGGUAACAGCAUGGAUCCUCUAUCCAACUUUAGUUCGGUGUUUUUCCGUUAGUUUCCUUACGUGUUUGGCUAAGGACCUUCCUUUGGACUUUGGUACUUUCCUUGACAGCAUGUUUACCACCACUGGUUCCCGGGGCCUUUACAAGGCUCCUCUGUCUAAAAGCCUUCUGUUGAUUCUCAAUGGUCUGACUGUGAUGCUGACCCUGCUGCCACAGUACCAAGAAAUGUUCAUAUACAACCUACAGGCUGUCAUACAGCAGCAUCAGGUAUGGAGGUUGCUGUGUGGCAGGCUGGUCUGUCUAGAUGUCAAGGACUCCUUCUGCAGUAGCCUGCUAAUUUACAACUUUCGAAUCUUUGAGAGGAGAUUUGGCACAAGGAAAUUUGCUUCCUUCCUAUUGGGGACUUGGUGUCUCUCUGCACUGAUGGACUUCCUGUUGGCCCAAGCUUUCCAGUUUCUGUUUGAUCAUGAAGUAGAAGAGCUGCCUGCAGGACUGCUUGCUCCUGUUUUUUCUCUGUUUGUGCCUUUCUACCUGUCAGUCCCUAGUAUGCCAGUCACACAGGUACUGGGCCACAUCCACAUCACCAACAAAUCUCUGGUUUACAUAAUAGGCUUGCAGCUGUUGACUUCCAGCCCUUUCAUGUGGCUCCUUGCACUCAGUGGACUGAUCUCAGGUGGACUGUACUACUCCAAUGUUCUCUGGCUACAGAAGAUCCUCUUUGUUCCUAUGUGGAUGUCUUGGAUUGGACGGUAUACAGUGGAGCCAAUCUUUUCAAGCUCCCAACCAAACAAUGAGACACCUCUGGGGAUGGGUGCCACUUUGGAUAUUCAAAGGCAGCAAAGAAUGGAUAUGCUAGACCAGCAGCUGCUAUUGGCCCAAUACAACGAGUCCAGGAGGAAUGCUAGACACCAACCACAGGCUGGGUUGUUACAGUGGACCAGGUUGUUCCCAUCCCUUAGACACAGAGGACAGAACCGACCCCCAGUGCAGCCCCACCCCCAGGCUCAAACACACCCAUCUACUCGGCCACCAUUACUGGACAACUCUCCCAUUGCAGAGGAACAGGUUGCACUGUUAGUGGAAAUGGGCUUCUCCAGAACUGACGCCCUAGAGGCCCUCAGAGCUUCAAAUAACGACAUUAAUAUGGCCACCAACUUCCUCCUGCAACACUGAUGGGAAGAUGAGUGAGAGGGAAAAAAGAGGCGAUGGAGACUGAAAAAUCAGUUAAAGAAGCAACCAAAGCACAGAAGUAAAAAGCAAAACAGUUAAACAGUUGGUAAAUGUUGCAGAGAAUUAAAGGGGUGAACAGUGGUGAAUAGGAGAGGGGACAAAUUAAAUUUGUACAGGCAAUUUGAAGGAGGCAGUGCCACUGCUUGCUAAGGCACUGUUACGCUAACACACCCAGACUUGAGGCAGAGAUCAGGCUUGUUAAUGGACAAGUGUAAAGCACAAAGUGAAAGACAUCGUCAUAUUGUCUGAUGGCCAUCAUAGUGUGAAAUGGGCGAUGUAUUAGAAGAGUUAGAACUCUGACUCCAAGGGAUGCCCUGUGAAAUAUAUAUGAUGCAGAAGUAAAACCGGUUUCAGGUGUCCACCUGUCAAGUCUUACAAAACACUAUUCUUUAGUCUAGUAAAGGAAACAUACUGUGCUGUGGGUUAUUCCUUUUAAAGGAACAGAUCUGCAGAUGUUUCUCAGACCCACCAUAUAAACAUUAAGUUCUCACUAUGUAAAAUUCACUUUGAUCCAUCCAAAAUGCCUCCAAUGUAACCAAAAUUUUAGGUCAUGAUUAAAGAUGGAUAGAUCUAUACCCAAAGCGUUUUGAAACGAUGGCUCACAGAACAUUAUUCCAUCUGUGUGUUUAAUUGUUUUAUCUUACCGGAUAAACUAAAGUACUUUUAGUUAUAGACAUACCCCUAUGGGUGGGUUUAUGCACCUGCUACAACAGAAGGUUGUAUCCUGCUCUGGGAGAUGAAGGAAUCUGAGACACAUAACCUAUAUAACCUAAUUCAACAGGGUUUUUUUUUUAUUUUUUAUUUUUUUACCAUGCAGUUCUUUGUUGGGAGGGUUUCAUAGAAGCUGCAGAGCUUAGUCUUUCAAUGCAUGAGAAGUUAGCCUGACUGACACAGACUCAGUGAGCCACGCUUUGGAGUGGACUGGUUGGACCCAUUUUAGUUUUGGAAGUACAUUUUGGACUGGAAGGAUGGUGGGUAGAUGGGAUAUUUCAGGGUCAGGUGACAUCCUUUGUCAGUAAUGUCAUUUUUACAGACAACAGUGCACAUAGAUAGAUGAAGUAUGUGUGCAGAUUCAAAGCAACUGGUUGGGAGGUAGGGUUAAGGUUAUAUUUAUUCCAUCUUAGCAGAGUUUUUUUGGCUGUCAGCACUCUAGUCUGAACUGUCAAAGUCUUAAAGGCCUGUUAAUAUUUAUUAUGCAAUUUCAUGACAAGAAAUUUAUGGAAACUAUGCACUGCAUAGUAACUUUUUUGUGUAUAUAAACAUACAUGCAAGAGAAAUAAUAUUGCCACCACUGUGUAUUGAUGUCAAAAACAGAUGCUAGUUUUAUAUUUUGUGCAUAUUGUUGAUAAUAUGGCCACUGAAAUGAGUCAUUUGUGUGUAAGUAUUUUUGAGAAGUAAUACUAUAAUUUAUGGGUGUGAUGAGGGAGUUGUUGCAUGGACAACUUUCAAAUAAACUAAUGAAUCGUAUCAGAUCUGUGGAAUAAAUCUCUCUUGACUGAA